AUGGGGAAUUGUGGAUGUCUAAAGAGAAAUGAUAAAGAGUUUGAUGACUUUGAUGAUAAACCGAUUAAAUAAGCACCACCGGCAGUCAAAGAGAAUACCGAAUAAUAGAAACCCACAAUAUAAUUCAGUUCGCACUCUGUCCCUCAAAGGCAAAAGAUCAAGGAAACUGUGAAUCUAAGGAAGUCUCAUACUAUUGAAGGCGAAAAAAAGCUUAAUGAUUACACAUUAAAAUAGGUUUUAGGUUAAGGUACAUUUGGAAAGGUUAGGCUUGCGGAAAAAAAUUUAUAAAAUUAUGCUAUAAAAAUACUAAAUAAAAGCAGACUCAAAAAGCAAAGGGAGUAUUACACUGAUUCAAAUGGAGUUGUUAAGAUUAAGAAUGCAUUUUAAAAUGUGGCUAAGGAGAUUGCUAUUAUGAAGAAGUUACGUCAUCCUAAUAUUAUUCGACUUUAUGAAAUUAUUGAUUCUCCUAAUUCAAAUAAAAUGUAUAUGGUAAUGGAGUAUGCACAAAACGGCUAAUUGAUUGAAUGGAAUGAAGAUUUAGGAUAAUUUAUUUUAACACAUUAAGAUUUUAAGCUUACAGAAGAUAAAUUGAGAAUAAUUUGUAGAGACAUUAUAAAGGGUAUAUACCAAAUGCAUGAAUUAGGAAUAGUGCAUAGAGAUCUAAAGCCUUAAAACAUUUUAUUUGAUCAAAAGUUUAGAGCCAAAAUCUGUGACUUUGGAGUUUCUCAAAUUAUAAAUGGAGACACUGAGUAUUUUGGUACCAAUGGCACCUAUUUAUUUAUGGCUCCUGAGUGUUUUUCAAAUGGUUUAUUUGAUAGAAAAGCAGUUGAUAUUUGGGCAUUUGGAAUUUCAAUAUAUUCAUUUGCUUUCUUAACAGUGCCAUUUCUUGCAGUUGAAAUUCAAGACAUUAUGGAUUUGAUAGAGUAAAAUGAAAUUCAAUAUCCAAAUUGUAGAAAUGAAUUUAAGAAUUUUCUGUAGAAAUGUCUAAAUAAAGAUCCAACUCGUAGAGCUACAAUCAAAGAAUUAGCAAGGGAUCCAUGGUUAAAUGAAGGCUAACAGAUUCGUUUGCAAGAUGAGAUCGACCAAAAACUUAUGAUGAUAGAAGUAGAUGAGACAGAAAUCUAAGAGGCAUAUUCAUUGGCUACAUUUAUUUUAAUAAAGAAUUGGGUUGCUAAAUUGAAGCAUUAGUGA